CCACUAUUUGCAGCUUGUUUUCACCAUCGGAGCUCAUGGGGAGACCUUUGUUUUACAAGUUUUUAACCUGUGAUUUCACCACCAAUUCGGUAGAGGAACUUGGUGACAGUUCUGGAUUUUGCUUCCUUACAAUUGAUUUGACCGGUGAUACCUUUGCAAUUCAAAUCUAUUUGCUUGUAUUUGGUCAUAUCGGCACCAGUUGAAGGAGGGAAAAUCUGGGGAAUUGGAAGGUAUUAUAAGAUUCCAGGGGAGCAGGAUCCAUUUGCGUAGAUUGUGCUGCUUGUCCUUAGUUCUUCAUGAUUGUGAACAAGCGAUGCACAUUGUACAUUGUGGAAGUGAGGACUCUUUUAGUGCUUAUAUACCAAUAAUCUCUGCUCUGAAAUGGUUCUUCUAGGAACUUGGGAUGUUUUGUUCUUGUCUGAAUUCUCUGAUUUAUAUAUGCACGUUAUUAAUUUUAUCUCAUGGUAGAAUUGCAUCCAAAUGUAGCAAGUUCCACCAGAUUUUAUGAAGCAUUUCCAUGGAGCAUGGCCUCAAAAGUGCAUAAUCUGGAGUCCUCUUGGUAGAUCAUGGCUUGUUGAAAUGGUAAACCUUAAUGAUAGCUUAUUUUUUGGAAAGGGGUGGAAAGCAUUUGUUGAAGACCAUUCUCUAGAGGAGGGAGACCUCCUUCUCUUUAAAUAUGAUGGGAAUUUGGUAUUUGAUGUUAAAGUGUUUGGAAAAAAUAGAUGUGAGAAGUCCAUGGCUCCUAGGAAAGAUGAUCAUGAACAAGUUGGGAAGGCCAAAUCCUAUUGCAAUACAAAGUUCCCUAAUGAAAAAGAAAUUGAUUAUGAAAGGUUAGUUGAAGCAUUAUUGGAUGGUAGUCAAACACCCAAUAAGAAGAUAAAGACAAAAGAGGGUAAUCCAUCAAAUGAAGCUAGGAAUUUGAAGAGGGAAGUUGAAUUAGAAUAUGCAGAUGAUAGUUCUUCUGAAGGUGAUGCUGCAUCUAAUGAGAAAAAGAGGGAGAGAAUGUCCCCGUCGAUGUUUUCAAGCAGAGUCUUUGCGCUUUCAUGUCAAGGGUCACAAAAGGGAGGCAGUCCCUCCACCGAUGAAGCUGGUCGAAGAGAUAUACCUUGCAACUCUGAAAACCUUUCUUUCAGGGUUACAAUGAAGCCCUCUCACGUAGGUCUUUGUCGAGGAGGCGGAGCCUCUUUGUCUGUGCCUUCCAAGUUUAUGGCGACGAAUUUCUCCAUUAAAGAUGAAGAUGGCUUCAUUACCGUAGAAACGGAUGGGAGCCACAGAAGCUGGUCUGUCAAGUAUUGCACAACUUCUCGAAAACUGAGCCUGGGGUGGCUUGAUUUCGUAAGAGACAAUCAUGUGGAGAUGAAUGACGAGUGUGAGUUCGAGGUGGACAAGGAGAAGGUAAAUACUUUGAAAGUUAGCAUACAUAAGAAGUAACUGUAAAUGUACAAGAUGAUGGAUGAGCUGCUUCUGUUUUGUUGAUGUGCAUAUGCUAUAAUGCUAGUACUAGAAUUUUGCUUUUGGGUACAUUCUCAGCUCAGGUCGAUCUUGAUUCAUGGAGAGGUGACAAAUUUUAUGCCUUGGAAUUCCCAAUGAAUUAUUACUCUCUAGCCACACCUUGCCAUUGUAACCUAAUCAAGGUGAUAAAGAUCAACAUAACUUCAUAUCU